AUGCAACAAUAUAUGAUAGCUAACUUGCUAUUCACUUGUCUAACUGUGAGCGCCGAAUGGGAGUUACCCUUUGAUUUGCAUUGGGAGUAUUUCUUUCAAAAAGUUCGUGGAUAUCCAUCUUUGAUCGGCGAGAUUUUUGAGGGAAAUGCUCAGCCGCCAAAUCCGACUUUUCUAAGGUCAUACGUUGAUUUGAAUGCUGUGCCACAACCAAGUGAUUUGCUUGGUUGUUGGCCGACACUUUCGGACGAUUCCAUGUGCACUGCUUUGCUCAGUGAGAGUACUUGUGUGAAUGGAAAUUUUUCGGACAAUAUUUGCGAAAAUGCUUUAAUUUCAAUCACGUUUUAUUCAAAUACGACAAUUGUACAAUUGGUGGAUGUGACGAUUCCAAAGCAAAUCACGCAAAAAUUUUUGGAUUUACGGAAUAAUAAGACAAAUUCAUGCUAUGAGAUUGGAGAGCCGAUCGAAUUUUCCGUGUCGAAUUGGGAAGAUAACGAGAUCUUCAACUGGCAACAACCGUGCUCAAAGCUUUUCUCGAACGUUCGCUUCGGAACGAACACCACACAAACUUGUUUUGUUGAUUUUGCGCAAUAUUCAUGUGGGGUGAUUGCUGGGCAACUCUCGGCUUUCUGGACGUCGACUUUCUCUGAAAAUGCAUGCAACUGUGGAAAAUGUGCGAUACCAUUUUUGAGGUUACCAGAUACAGAAGAGCGACCAAUCCAGCCGACCAUUUGUCGAUUACCAACAAAAGCCGUUCUUUUCGUUAGCCGUUUGCAUCAUAAAAUCAAUGGAAUAGCUAUGAAAGAAGUAUUCAUCGAGUAUCCCCUGGAAAACUUUUCCUCGAGUUUUACGCUGGAAUUUUCGGUGAAAACGACUUUCUACUCGGAUUUGGUGAGAAAAGCCAGAUUUUGGCAAUAUCCCUCAUCACUUGAUUCCUUGUCAAUCUCUUUAUCGGAGCUCUUCAAUGUGUUUACUCCGAUUGAUUCUUUGUCUUCGCUCGGAAUCUCGAUUUCUUUCAUUCUUGCCAUUGCUGUUGGAAUUGGAUUGAGCCUUGGUGAAGCAAGAUCAGCAGCUUGGACUCUUCCGGUGCCGAAUGGUGCCACACGGAUUGCCGAAGAAAUGAUCGCUCGAAGGCAACGCGUGGAUUUGAUUGGAGAAAGUCGCCUUGAGAAUCUCAAAACGCACAAACGGUUUCACACCGGCGAAAAGCCAUACAAGUGUGGGGCACCGAAUUGUGAAAAGACCUUCAGCAAUGCUAGUGAUCGAGCCAAACACAGGAACCGAACCCAUUCAAAUGAGAAGCCUCACUCGUGUGAUUAUCAAGGAUGUACGAAGGCUUACACCGAUACAUCAAGCCUUCGGAAGCACAUUAAAACCGUGCACGGCGAUGAAGUGUAUGAAAUGUUUAAGAUGAACAAGCUAAUGAAAGCUGGUGGACGAUGGCCGAAAAAGCUUUAUGAACAAACUGGACGCAUACGGGUUGCCGGCUAUCAUGAAGAUCAAGACAUCUUUAAGGAGAGCAUUUUCACGGAUCCAAGAAAUGGAACGGCAACAAGAGUGUUGCAAGCUGUGACGUCCUAUCCACCACCACAAAUUAUAAAUCCAUAUGCACCCACUAUCACAGCUCUAGGUUCACAGCAAUCCUACAUGGAUAAUGGGAUGAAUGUACCAGUAAUACCCAUUCAAAUCCCUUCCGUCCAAUCUCAGCCAUUCAACGAACUUGAUGAAGAAAUGGCAGCAAUUGCUAGGUCAACCCAAAAUUUGAGAAUCGAUGAUCGAAUCAUUCAACAGAGAUUCGAAUCCCAUUUUGAGCCGUUAACUCCAACUCCAUCACCGAAAUCCAUUAUGGCUGUCGGAGCGACGGUGGCUACCGAGAACGAUUUGUUGUGUAGACAAAUUGAUGAUGAGACACCGCCAAUGCUCAAUGGACACCCAGUCGAACAAAAUGAGGAUGAUUAUCUCAUUGAACAGCAAGAGAUAAUGCUUCUCGCUCCUCCUCAGCCAUAUCUGGACACAGGCUCGCAAGAAAGACAAUGGAUUGGCUUGUAU